AUGCAACAGUUCCUCAAUAUUUUAGGGCGCACUGCCCAGCUUGGGGCGUAUAUAACUGAGGCCACCGACCAGGAAUGGUCCCCACGUAGGGUGUUGUCUUACGUGGCGGAGAACCUCGAGAUGGAGGGCGUACACACCCCGGCGACGUGGCUUCAUAACCACGCGCUGGAUCCAGAGGCAAGUACGCCCGAAUGGGCGUCGCGGAUCCUAGAGUCGUAUCCGACUCGCCGCGCCAGGAUAGUGGAGGAGAGCACUACUGAACAGCAGUCGGGGCAACAAUUGCAACCACCACCACCUGAACCCGCGAACCAACAAUAUGCGCAACCGUCGGUUGCAGAGGUCGCGGACGAGUCACCGUCCCGACUAAAUAUAGCCUAUGAAACGGCGACGGAGCAACUGCAGGAGUUGCCAGACAUGGGCCUCGGAUUGAUACAGGAUGGGGAAACUGUUCAACCGAACAGUAACCCUGCCCCUGAAUUUCAUCAACGGUUAGAGGCCGCACUAGCUCAUACUCGAGACCAGCGCGAGCAGAACGCGGGCAUCGCGGUUCAAUCGAACCGCGUUGCGUCUCAUCCAGGAAGUCGGGAGUCGCCUACAACCCUCGCCUCGAGGACACCACCAUCGUAUCCCCGAGGAUACGGACCGCGAACCACCCGAUCGCCCGCGCCGAAUCUGCCGAACCAACAGGCGGCCGCGACGGUUAGGGUCACCAAUGUGGCGGCCCAGCCAGAACGUUGCCGUAGCGUCUGCUUCGGACAGGACAACACCCACCGCGCACCGACGAGAUCCUCGCCGUUAGUGGCCUACCCUCCCUACGUUGCACUCGGCGUGUCGGCACCGCCCACUCACGUUCAUUCAAACAUGGGCUCGAUAAGUGGGCAUCGCAACCGGCCUAGUGCACCACAGGUGCAUCCAGCCGCUUCGGCCGCCCCGUACGUAGGAGCGACGUCCAACAUUGGUGGAUAUCAGCUGCCUCUACUGGGUGGGCCGAGCCAGGUAGCGGCGAGCCCUGACCACACCAAUCUCCGAGACAGUCUCAGGAUCAGCAUGAUCCUGAGCAUAUUCGACAAGUGUCUGGGUGAGGACCCCGACGAACCACUACCGCCAUACCUCAAGCAGAUCAAACUGAAGGCACCCGACCCUUUCGAUGGAAAGGACGACAACGAUGCCUUCAACGUCUGGCUAGAGAAUCUCUUGUCCUAUCUGGACACCCUCAGACUGAGGGGACUGGACUUGGAUAUUCAGAGAAUAUCCUUCACCCGUCAGUGCUUGACGGGUGAAGCGGCAGUCUGGUAUCAGCAGACGGUUACGUCGCCGAUACGGCCAGUAGAUAGGCCCAUGUCACACCUCGAGUCCAUCAUAGGACUAUACCGCCGUUUCAUCCCAACGGAUCAGUUCGCUGUAGCAGCGUGCGAGUUUGCGAGUGUUCGAUUCGAACCUCACAAUGGCGGGGUAUCGAGGCUGUAUGACCGACUGGUCUAUUAUGCGGAACGAAUGUUCCAGCCGCCGACUCAACAGGACAUCAAGGAGCGGUUUGUAGCAGCGCUACCCGCUUCCAUCGAGCGCAAGCUGACUAUCAGCCGGGGCCUGCACAUUCGCCGCGGCGACUUCAUGACAUUCGUGUCUGCCGCGCGCGAGAUAGAGGAAGCAAUGGCUUCCUUUAGGUCGCGUCGAGGGCAUGAUGGGUCACAACAGCGGACGUCGACGUCGACGCCGCCGCGCCAUAGCUCUACUUCCAAAGGGAAGUAUCGAGAGGAUCGACCCCCUUCUCAACAGGCCCCACAACCUCGACCAGGCGGUUCGGGUCAGAGACUGGAACAGAAAGGGCAACCUUUCCGUAAGGACGGUCAACCACAUCGUCAAGAGGGCGACGUCGAUGACGACGUGGAUCUACCGGAGUCGGAUUACGACGCCUACCACUUGGACUACGAUUCUCCAGAGGAUGAGCCUGACUGGGAUGACGACGAAGGCCGCCGUGACAAGUUCUACGUCAUGCGCGCCGAACCCGUCUUCGCGACCCCGGACGAGGAGAAGGAGGCGGUCCCGUCUUCCAUCGAAUACGAUGCAAAGCGUAUCCUGCAGUCCUUCCAAUUGGAAGCCACGACCGCACCUACCAAAUCCCUCAAGAACGCGUGGCUGUACGAUUCCCGUAUAGCCGGUUGA